UUUUACAAUGUUUAUUAUUUUCCUGAAGACUUCAUUAUUUAUGAUAUUAUAGUUGCCAUACUAGAAAUAUAAUAGUUCGUUUCUAUCGUAUUCCUAAAAUGAAAAAGGUGGCAACCUGAGAAGUGUUGUGAUUCACAUCUCGGACAAGAAAUGAAAAGGAAGUUUUCUUAAUGACAUUAUGAGAGAGUAAUUAAUUAAUAAAGUGAAUUAAGAUAAAAAGCCUUAAAGACAAUGGCCUCGCAACCUGCGGAUACACAGGGUUUACAACAAAAAUCAAAACGCCCUUCUGAUUCGGCUUUUAAGCAACAACGUCUGCCCGCCUGGCAGCCUGUUUUAACAGCUGGGACUGUUUUACCUACCUUUUUUAUUAUCGGUAUCCUUUUUAUACCAGUGGGAGUAGCUUUGCUUUAUUUUUCGGAUGAGGUCAGCGAGUAUGUCAUUGAUUACACUAACUGCAUAAAACAGGGAGAAAAAAAUCUCACUUGCUCGAGCUAUAUUGCAAACCAUACGGGUACAUCGUGUAUGUGCGAAAUACCAUUCACGCUUGAAAAUAAUUUCGUGGGCAAUGUUUUCAUGUACUAUGGUUUAAGUAAUUAUUAUCAAAACCAUCGCCGUUAUGUUAAAUCACGUGAUGAUGAUCAGUUGUUGGGUCGCUUAUCAGAUACACCGUCGACAGAUUGUGUACCGUUUGCAUACACCGAUGAACAAAUACCUAUUGCUCCAUGUGGUGCUAUAGCUAAUUCUCUAUUCAAUGAUACUUUAACUUUGUCAAGAGGCACUAAAAGUGUGCCUUUAUUAAAUACCGGUAUAGCUUGGCCAUCAGAUAAAAAGCAUAAAUUUCGAAAUCCUGAAGGCAAUUUAACGGUAGCUUUAAAGGGAUUUGCUAAACCGAAAUUUUGGAGCAAAGCCUUGUAUCAGUUGGAUGAAAGCAAUCCAACCAAUAACGGAUUUGAAAAUGAGGAUCUAAUUGUCUGGAUGCGUACAGCGGCUUUGCCUAGUUUUCGCAAAUUGUAUCGACGCAUCGAUCAUUCGCAAAGAUCAUACGAGGAUGGCUUGCCAAAAGGCGAAUACACGUUGCAUGUUAAUUAUCAAUAUCCUGUCUCGGCUUUUGAUGGAAAUAAAAAAAUGAUCCUAUCGACCACUUCGAUUUUAGGCGGAAAAAAUCCAUUCCUUGGCAUUGCCUACAUAGUUGUUGGUUGUAUUUGUCUUAUCUUGGGUAUAGCUUUACUUGUCAUACAUCUUAAAUGCAGCAAAAGUAAUGCGGAAAUGAUUAAUGUCAACCCUCGUACCCCCUAUUCGUAAGCGAUGAUGCGUUAACUAUUUUGCAGUAUUGUUAGUAACCUCAAGAUAAUGUAAUGAUGAAAUAAUAGGCAUAUUGAUAAAAAGUUUUGUUUUCAUAAUUGAAA